AUGCUGUCCACACGCGGCGCAGUCCUCCUAACGAGCCUCUCCCUGUGGAUUAUUUUCCUCCUCAGCUCUGGAGUCUGCGCUCGGAGGCAGAGGGAUGAAGGUGAUGAUGAAGAGUCCUGGUCGGAGAGCCUGUCCAGGGCGAGGUGUGCGUCCCGGUGCCUCAGUCUGCACAGCGUGGAGGCGCUGUCUGUCUCCACACCACUCCAGAAUAAUGGAUCUUUGGGCUGGUGUCAGAAUCACAAACAGUGUGCUAAGUGCCUGGAGCCAUGCAAAGACUCAUGGGAGAUGAAGAGGAAAAGCAACUGCAGAGAUCUAUGUGAGCGGGUGUUUCCUAAGAAGCACUGGGAGUGCGUGACCAGCUGUGAGUUCCUCCAGUCUGUGUUGGCGGUGAAGCAGGGCAGCUGUCCUCCUCCAGAGAGAGCCAGCGGUUUCGCCGCCGCCUGCGUGGAGAGCUGCGACCACGACCGGGACUGCUCCACGGUGAAGAAGUGCUGCUCCAACGGCUGUGGGCACACCUGCCAGACCCCCAAAGACCUCUACAAAGGUGCUCCUCUGAAGCCGAGGAAGGAGCUGACUUUCAAAGAGCUCUCCUCGGGUCAGCUUGAGGUCCGAUGGUCGUCCCGCUUCAACAUCUCAGCCGAGCCCGUCGUCUACGUCCUGCAGAGGAGGUGGAACUUUGGCAUCCAGCCCAGCGAGGACAGCGCCACCUCCUGGCAGCUGGUGGCACAGACGACGGAGCAGGGAGCGAGGCUCUCGGACAUCCGACCCGGUCGCUGGUAUCAGUUCAGAGUGGCUGCUGUGAACACGCACGGGAGCAGAGGUUUUACCACGCCCAGCCGACACAUCCACUCCAGCAGAGACCCUUCCAACCCCCCUGCCCCCUCUGAGCUCAGAGUGUCCAACAUGAGCUUCGGCCCGGGUCGGGCGGUGUCAGCUCGGCUGCAGUGGAGCGUGCCCGAUGACCUGGACGUCCCGGUGCAUCACUACAAAGUGAGCUGGAGCUGGACGGCAGCCGGACAGCCGGCGGCGUCAUCGCUGACCAAGAGGAGGAAGACGAUCAGAGAGAGCCACGUGGAGCUGGACAGCAUGCGUGCUAACAGAAGCUACAGCGUGGAGGUUCAGGCUGUCUCAUACUGGGGUCAAACUCAGCUCAAAGGGCCCCGGGCCAUCCUCCACUUCAGCACACAGCGAGCUUCUAGUGCCCUUCCAAGAAACCCCACAGGAGAUAUAUUAGACGUUGGGACACCGUUUUACCAGGAUGGACAACUGCGAGUUCAUGUUUACUGGCAGAGCAGCACAGAUCCUUCAGUUGAAUAUUACAGAGUCCAGUGGAAACCGGAGCACUGUGCACACAACCAGAGUAGAGCUAUGGAGAAGACAAACACACGGGAUAGAUUCGUGAGCCUGCAAGGCCUCCUCUUCUCCUGCAAGUACAAAGUCCUUCUGCAGCCGCUAAGUAAGAGGAGUCGUCCCCCAGCGGAGAGCGCCGUCUUCUUCACCCCGUCCUGUGCCGCCAUCCAGGCCAAAAGCCCAAAACCAAUAACCUGCUAUGGAGACAAAGCACCCCCUCAGAAGGUCCUGAUAAAACCAGCCAACCUUACCGCAGCCUUUGAGGUGAGAGUAGGAAACCUGACGGCCAUCUUUAGCUGGGAUUUGUCCCCUCCCACCUCCUACCAGCAGCUGACGGGUUACCAGGUGACGUGGACGGAGGUUAUCCCAACAAACCGACCGAACAACGUCAACGACAAGUUUCCUCACAGCCUCAUCUCACAGUCUCAAAUCCUCCCUCCGGACACCAACGUUCUGGUGGUGUCGGGUUUACAUCCUGACAGUCUGUACAGGCUCGAGGUUCAGGCCAUAACAGCAGAUGGAGAGGGUCCAGCAACAUCCAGAACUUUCCAGACGCCUGGAAACCAGAGCAGGCUGAGGCACAGACCGAGGAUGAGGAAGCUUCACCAAAAUCUGCCCAUCAUCGAGAGGCACUGA